GAUUUUUUUUUUUCAAUUGGAGAGGUGGGGAGGAGCAGGGAGAGGGAGGGAGCCCUGGAGGAAGGGGGAGAGAUUAGGCAGCCAUCAAUCUCCUCCCGCUUCUCCCAGAACAGGUGAUGCUUCUAAAUUGUGACCACUUUGUGGAGGCAGCACUGCGGCUGGAAGGAUGCGAGCGACCUAGGGCGCAGGGCCUGGGGCGGCAGAUCUGAACUUUGCGAAGGACAACCCCCAAACUUUUGACUCCAUCAGUCCACGUCGCGCGCGUGAAACCAAGGCCCGGGUCUUCUUCUUCUUUUUCUCCCCCCAACCCCCUCUUAACUUCAAGAGAGACUCAAACUUCAGCACUUGGUCCCUUUUCUUGGAUUGCUUGGAAGGAGACGGUGUGUUGGCAGCCGCUGGGAACUGUCGUGACUGUGUUGUUGUAAACUCUUGAUUUUAAAGCGACAGUCGAGGAUCAGACUUUGUAAAUGUUUGGGAUUCAAGAUACUUUAGGACGAGGACCAGCUCUGAAGGAGAAGUCGCUGGGCGCGGAGAUGGAUUCGGUGCGCUCCUGGGUCCGGAACGUCGGCGUGGUGGACGCCAACGUCGCGGCGCAGAGCGGGGUCGCCCUGUCCCGGGCCCAUUUUGAGAAGCAGCCCCCUUCUAACUUGAGGAAAUCCAACUUCUUUCAUUUCGUCCUGGCGCUCUACGACAGGCAGGGGCAGCCGGUGGAGAUCGAGCGCACGGCCUUCGUGGACUUUGUGGAAAACGACAAAGAACAAGGCAACGAGAAAACCAACAAUGGCACCCACUACAAGUUACAGCUCCUCUACAGCAAUGGUGUUCGCACAGAGCAGGAUCUCUAUGUCAGGCUCAUUGACUCGGUCACCAAGCAGCCCAUAGCGUACGAGGGCCAGAAUAAGAAUCCAGAAAUGUGCCGAGUUCUGUUGACGCACGAAGUGAUGUGCAGUCGCUGCUGUGAAAAGAAAAGCUGCGGAAACCGAAAUGAGACACCUUCAGACCCAGUCAUCAUUGACAGAUUCUUUUUAAAAUUUUUCCUCAAGUGCAAUCAGAAUUGUUUGAAAACAGCAGGAAACCCAAGGGACAUGAGACGGUUUCAGGUUGUGCUAUCAACCACAGUCAAUGUGGAUGGACAUGUGCUGGCUGUUUCUGACAACAUGUUUGUUCACAAUAACUCCAAGCAUGGACGGAGAGCAAGAAGACUCGACCCUUCAGAAGCCACUCCCUGCAUCAAAGCCAUUAGCCCAAGUGAAGGCUGGACCACAGGAGGAGCCAUGGUCAUCAUUAUCGGGGACAACUUUUUUGAUGGCCUCCAAGUAGUGUUUGGAACCAUGCUUGUAUGGAGUGAGCUAAUAACCCCUCAUGCCAUCCGAGUACAGACUCCUCCUCGACAUAUCCCUGGAGUGGUGGAAGUGACAUUAUCUUACAAAUCCAAGCAGUUCUGCAAGGGAGCUCCAGGAAGGUUCAUUUACACAGCCUUAAAUGAACCCACCAUAGACUACGGCUUCCAGAGACUGCAGAAAGUCAUUCCGAGGCACCCCGGGGAUCCUGAGAGAUUAGCUAAGGAAAUGCUGUUAAAAAGAGCUGCAGAUCUCGUGGAAGCACUCUAUGGCACACCACACAAUAACCAGGACAUCAUUUUGAAGCGAGCUGCAGACAUCGCUGAAGCCCUCUACAGUGUCCCCAGGAAUCCGAGCCAGAUUCCAGCCCUUUCCAGCUCCCCAGCUCACAGUGGCAUGAUGGGAAUCAACUCGUACAGCAGCCAGCUUGGGGUCAGCAUCUCAGAGUCAACUCAAGGAAAUAACCAAGGAUACAUCCGCAACACAAGCAGCAUCUCUCCACGGGGAUACUCUUCGAGCUCCACACCUCAGCAGUCUAACUACAGUACCUCGAGUAACAGUAUGAAUGGUUACAGCAAUGUCCCCAUGGCCAACCUGGGCGUCCCAGGAUCGCCAGGAUUCCUCAAUGGCUCACCCACAGGCUCCCCUUAUGGAAUCAUGUCGUCAAGUCCCACCGUCGGAUCCUCCAGCACGUCAUCCAUCCUCCCGUUUUCCUCUUCAGUCUUUCCUGCUGUCAAACAGAAGAGUGCCUUUGCCCCUGUCAUCAGGCCUCAAGGCUCCCCUUCGCCAGCCUGCUCCAGUGGCAAUGGGAACGGAUUCAGAGCCAUGACUGGACUUGUCGUGCCCCCGAUGUAAAGAAGAGGAACUGCUUUCUUAUGGCACAACACGAUGUACUCGGAUGGACCCAUAGAGAGAAAAGCACUAUGAGCUCGCUGGGAGAAUUAAGCCCCCAAAUGAAGAUGCUGGGCAGAUUUGGGUGUCCAACGAGCUGGCGUCUUGGUCUCACAUUUCUCCUAUAGUGCUGAUGGCAGCUACACAAACUGAUCCUCUUGGGGGACAUGGACAAAAGAUGUCAUUGGCGUGGUCAGUGCUAAGAGCAGAAAUGCAAUUCUUUGUUAUGAACAUUAUGAAAACCACCUUCCUAUGUUUGUAAAAUAUUUAAGAAAAAAAUUGGCAAACAAUUCAUGCUUAAUAUUUUGGAUACUAUUUGUUUUUCUUUGUAGGAAAAAAAAGUUGAAAAUUUCUAUUUUCUAUGAAGCCUUUCAGAUACCAAUUUAGUUUAUGCAGAAAAAAAAAUUGAACAAAACAGGGUACCAGCAUGGAAGACUUUCUUAAAAAUGAAACCUGAAUUGAAUGAUGAAAUGUUGUAUGUGUGUUUGCUUAUAGUUUGAUCUCUUUAAAAAAAAGAAACAAAAAAGGGAAAAAAUUUUAAAAUGUUUUACAAUUAUUUAAAUAAAUAAAUGUGUAACUUAUUGUAAGUAGAAGUAGCAAUUAAGAUCCUUUUUCGGAGGAGAGCAAAAUCUCUUCCUGAUGUAAAAUGAAAAUGAUGCAAACCUGUAGUAACAAGUUUAAAGAUGUGUGAUUAUUACUGCAGUUACUAACUAGUCUCUUCCCCCUAUCCUGCAGCCCCUCUUUUUCCAUCAUUUUAUUGGCCUAUGGGCAAGAACAUGUAACUUAGAUAGAUUGCUACAGAACAACCCAGUACAGACUCAAGUACAUAUGCGUCCACAAAUACUCAAACUCAUCAAUUCAUUCCCAGCUCUGUGUGCUCUCUCAAUAGUCUACAUGUCCCUUUUGAUAUUCACUCUUUGUGAAUUUUUUUAAAUUCAUAUUAGCUUUCCACCUCUUCUCUGAGCAAUGCAGAGAAUUCCCCCUUUAGUGUGUCUCUGGCUUUAAGCAUCCCAAGGACAGGUGUGGCUCACCUCCAGAAAAGCCAAAGCCACAUAAGUUUCUUAGCAAAGCUGCCCCUUUGGAAUUCUUUCUUUGCUAGAGCCACACAUGUCCUUGGCUUUGCUUACUCCAUUCAGCAAGGAGGCAUAAGACCCCACAGAACUGUCAAAACAGGUCUUACAGAACAGACUCCGGGCAUGGGGGUGCGGUAGUGGUUUUUCUUUUACUCUAGUGAAUCAGUCUAGGAAUAUCCAACUCCUUUCCUCUCUUUGUAUGUUUCUUUCACAGAAUCAAGCUCUC